AUACCAUUAAAGAGAACGAGGAACAAAAAAAAACACACACACACAAUGCGCACUUGUCUUAUCCUCUCGAGUGCCAUUGCCCUUGUGGCCAUGGCAUCGACAAUCUCUGCUGCAGAGGCAAGUGGGUCCUACAGCUAUCUUAAUGAUGAAAACGAUGUUGCUGGAUUCUUUACACUUGUCCGAAAAGAGACAAUGCCCAAUGGUAUCCGCACCUGCACCAUCCUCGACAGAGGUGAGACUCAAGCCUUCAGAGGCCUUUACCCGAUCAACAAACGCGGUAACAGGGCCCAGGUUAUCAACCGCAAGACUCAUGACGAGAGUGAUCACCAUCAUGGUCCAUCCUUCUUAACCCAGGAGAGUACAAGAUCUGAAUUAAACAUUGACUUAUUGGAAUUGAAUACGAAUAUGAAGGAGGGGCUGGCUGAGAUCGAAAAGCAGUAUUUGAAAAUUGAAUGCGAUGAUGUGGUGGAUGCGUAUCAAUAUCAAGCUGAUUUCCCAUCAACCCUGAUGCAAACGCAAAACCAACGGGCCUUGGCCCCAAACGGUUUGCAAUCUAGCGACGAAGUGCGCAAACUUGUCGAUAGUGGCCCAGACAAGAACCGCGUCUCGAUUGUCUUCAUGGGUGAUGGGUACACCCUUGAUGAACGCGAAAAGUUCUUUUCUGAUAUCCAACGCCUUGUCAAUGACAUGUUUGUAGGUGACACAUUCCAGUCGUACUUGCCCUUGUUCAACAUCUAUGCUCUGUUCAGGCCCUCGAAGGAGAGCGGCAUUGGUGUCAACGGCAAGUGGAAAGACACUAGCUUCCGUCUGUACAGAGAUGGCACAGAGCUCCGUGGCAUCUACACUGCAGAUCCUGAAGCUGCUCGAGGGGCAUGCCGUGCCAUCGGAAAAUACGCUUGCGAUUUCCCAAGCUUGAUUGGCAAUGACCCUUACUAUGGAGGCUUAGGAGGUGAGUUUGUCAUCUCGACAAGCUCCAACAAGUCAGGAACAGUGGUCUUACGUCAUGAACUCGGCCACAGUCUCAUCAAUGUCGGUGAAGAGUACGAUGGAGGUUGGGUGUACUCUGGAGUUAACGCCGAGCGCUGGAGCAUCAAUAACAUCAAGUGGAAACACUGGCUUACGGAUGCUGUCCCUCGUGAGGAAAAGAAUGUUCUUCGCGUUCAAGACUAUGCCUGGUAUGAUCUCAAGGAAGGCCCAUAUAAGAUCAAGUUCAACUCUGAUGGCAAUUUUAAGCGCUGGUCUCUCAAGAUUUCACACUCUGGUGUUGAUACUGAUGAUUCAUUUGAGGCUUACCUGGAUGGCAAGCGACUCAACUGGACCUCUCCCGGUGGCUAUGAUCGUGAUUUCUCAGAAUGGGCUGGGAACGAAGGCUUAUCUUCUGGUGCUCAUGAGCUUGAGUUCCGUCAAGGAGCCAAGUAUGGCAACGAAACAGAUCCCUCGAGACCCAUCCGUCAGCUCUGCUCCGUGACCUUGCAUGAGUUCAUGGGCGAGGACCAGUACCGUUUUGAUAAUAACAUUAUUUCUGCUUACCCGACCUUUGACAUUCAAGGCCGCAAGACCUGGCGAAGCAACCAUGAAUACUGCCUGAUGCGUAAUAUGGGCUCAACUCAUUUCUGCUCCGUCUGCAGGGAGGGUCUCUGGCUCCGUCUUGUAGAAAAAGCCAGCUUGUUGGAUGAGGUCACUGUGACCUGCCAGAAAAAUGGCGCCGACGCAAAUGAUGUUUCCGCCUUUGGAAUUUCAGCCAAAGUAAUUCCACUCGGUCAGUUCCGUGCGGAUCAGUCUAAGCGCUCCUCAGACGAGGCUUACAUCAGCAGCUGGUAUAAGGAUGGUAAGCAUCAGCCUCAGUUUGAUAACCAAUUCGAGAUUCAAGUGCCUAGUUCUGAGGAAGGCACCUGGGAAUUCAAGGCUGAGUUCAAAACCCCUGAUGUUCGCAAGGAUCCAGGCGGACUUUUGAAAGCUAGCAAAGUCUUCUCGGUAGCUAAGAAUCUCUGCAACAAGUGAAAAAUAGCUUUUUGGCCAUACUACAAAUAUAUUUAAAAAGAAUAAAAACUCUCGG